AUGCUAAAUUACAUUUUAAAUAAAUUGCCAACGCCACAACCACGACUCAAAAAAUUCAACUUGCAAAGACCAACUGAAAUAAAACCUUUAGAAUCGUUUCCCACACUAGUUUAUACUGAAUCUUCCUUUGCAGCAACAACAGAAUGGACCACUUGUGCAAUGUUCUCAACUCCACAACCCAAUUCCAGACUAAAUGCAUUUUUGGUGAACCCAAUAGAAAGUAUAACUCGUUACAAGAAUAAGAUUACCAAAUUCAUGAGACAAAAUUCUAUUAAUUUUUUAGCUACAAGUGAUAAAUCAGAGUUAGUGGAUCAGACAUUUGAUAUAAAAGUAUAUGGUCUUCCAUCAAGUUCUAAAAUUCAAGGAACUAAUAUAUAG